AUGUCGCAACUGACGCAGUCCUUCCUGCAGACGAUUAAGAACCGCCGUACGGUGUACGCCCUGUCGAAGAAGAGCAUUCUUCCUGAUGCCCAGAUCGUGCAGCUUAUCCAGCAGGCUGUGCGUGAGGCGCCGUCGUCGUUCAACGUGCAGAGCAGCCGCAUUGUGGUGCUGUUCGGUGCCCAGCACGACAACUACUGGGGCCACAUUGUGCCCUCUGCCCUCCGCUCCGUUGCUGGCGAGAAGGCUGUCGAGGCUUCGAAGGGCAAGCUGGCUGGGUUCCAGGCCGGUACCGGUACUAUCCUGUUCUUCGAGGACAUGAACCUCAUUAAGGGCCAGCAGGAGGCGUUCCCUCAGUAUGCCGCUGGCUUCCCUGUGUGGUCGAACCACGCCUCGGGUAUGGCUCAGAUCUACACCUGGGCCCUACUGGAGGCCCAGGGCUUCGGUUGCAACCUUCAGCACUACGGUAACCUGACCGGCGAGAGCCUGAAGAAGGUGUACAACCUCCCCGAGUCGUACGCGCUCCAGUCGGAGAUGGUGUUUGGUCACCCUGAGCAGGCCGCUGGUGACAAGGACUACCUCCCUGACGAAGAGCGUGUCGUUGUCUUCAACACUCAGUUUGCCCGGAACUUCCUGCAGGCGAUCCAGCACCGCCGUACCAUCUACGCUCUGUCGAAGAAGCAGAUUCUCCCUGAAGAGGAGGUGGUCAGGUACAUUCGCGCUUUCGUGAAGGAGGCGCCCUCCGCCUUCAACGUGCAGAGCAGCCGCAUCGUGGUUUUGCUUGGCGCCGAGCACGACAACUACUGGGGUAAGAUUGUUCCGGACGCUCUUCGCGCCGUGGCUGGCGAGCAGGCUGUUGAGGCUUCGAAGGAAAAGCUGGCUGGCUUCAAGGCUGGCGCUGGUACUGUUGUGUUCUUCGAGGACGAGAAGCUCAUUAAGGGCCAGCAAGAGGCCUUCCCUCAGUACGCUGCCUCGUUCCCUCUCUGGUCGCAGCACGCAUCGGGUAUGGCUCAGAUUUACGUGUGGAGCGGUCUGGAGUCGAUGGGCUACGGUGCCAACCUGCAGCACUACGGUGGUCUGACCGGCGAGACCCUGAAGUCCAAGUACAACCUUCCUUCUACCUACCAGAUCCAGUCGGAGAUGGUUUUCGGCUACCCUGAGCACCCGGCUGGCGAGAAGCAGUACAUGGCUGACCACGAGCGUGUCAUUGCCUACGGCCACAGUGCGUAG